AUGAGAGGCUGUGUGAGAAGCUGCAGCCGCCGGCAGAGGAGACCUCAGCAUCCUCGGGAGCCCAGCGCCAACCCUGCCUCCGCCCGGCCCGCUGCCACCACCGCCGCCCUUUCGGUUCCUGCUACUGUCUCACCUAAACAACUCCCAUUCAGCGGACAAGCGAAGUUCUAUGACUCUCUUCUCCUCUCCUUCCUCCUCUUCUUCCAACUCCUUCUCCUCCCACUUCCCAACCGCUGUGGAAAGCCCCUAACCCAACAGACGCUGGCAAGGCUGCGGACAAGUGUCAUCUGCACUUUAUCUUGCUGCUCCUACUGCCCUAAGGCAAAGUUGCAUAGCUCUACAUCUUUCUUUCCCAGCCACCUCCCUCUGCCCCCAAGAGCGUCCCGCCGCCCCGCAGCACUCUCCUGGAGCUGCGCCCUAGUGCCCCUGCUGGGCAGUGGCCUUUCCCCCACCCCAUCCUCCCGCGUCCUGCCCUUGCUGCUCCGGGCAGACGAUGCUGAAGAUGCUCUCGUUUAAGCUGCUACUGCUGGCCGUGGCUCUGGGCUUCUUUGAAGGAGAUGCGAAGUUUGGGGAAAGGAACGAGGGGAGCGGAGCGAGAAGGAGACGGUGCCUGAAUGGGAACCCCCCAAAGCGCCUAAAGAGAAGGGACAGGCGGGUGAUGUCCCAGCUGGAGCUGCUCAGUGGAGGAGAGAUCCUGUGUGGUGGCUUCUACCCACGAGUAUCUUGCUGCCUGCAGAGUGACAGCCCUGGAUUGGGGCGUCUGGAGAACAAGAUCUUUUCUGCCACCAACAACUCAGAAUGCAGCAGGCUGCUGGAGGAGAUCCAAUGUGCUCCCUGCUCCCCGCAUUCCCAGAGCCUCUUCUACACACCUGAAAGAGAUGUCCUGGAUGGGGACCUAGCACUUCCACUCCUCUGCAAAGACUACUGCAAAGAAUUCUUUUAUACUUGCCGAGGCCAUAUUCCAGGUCUUCUUCAAACAACUGCUGAUGAAUUUUGCUUUUACUAUGCAAGAAAAGAUGCUGGGUUAUGCUUUCCAGACUUCCCGAGAAAGCAAGUCAGAGGACCAGCAUCUAACUACUUGGGCCAGAUGGAAGACUACGAGAAAGUGGGGGGGAUCAGCAGAAAACACAAACACAACUGCCUCUGUGUCCAGGAGGUCAUGAGUGGGCUGCGGCAGCCUGUGAGCGCUGUGCACAGCGGGGAUGGCUCCCAUCGGCUCUUCAUUCUAGAGAAGGAAGGCUACGUGAAGAUUCUAACCCCAGAAGGAGAACUGUUCAAGGAGCCUUACUUGGACAUUCACAAACUUGUUCAAAGUGGAAUAAAGGGAGGAGACGAAAGGGGCCUGCUAAGCCUGGCAUUCCAUCCCAAUUACAAGAAAAAUGGAAAGCUGUAUGUGUCUUAUACCACCAACCAGGAACGGUGGGCUAUUGGGCCUCACGACCACAUUCUUCGGGUUGUGGAAUACACAGUAUCCAGGAAAAACCCCCAUCAAGUUGAUGUGAGAACAGCCAGGGUGUUUCUGGAAGUCGCAGAGCUCCACCGAAAGCAUCUUGGGGGACAGCUGCUCUUUGGUCCUGAUGGCUUUUUGUACAUCAUCCUUGGGGAUGGUAUGAUCACAUUGGAUGACAUGGAAGAGAUGGAUGGGUUAAGUGACUUCACAGGCUCUGUGCUGAGGCUGGACGUGGACACCGACAUGUGCAAUGUGCCUUAUUCCAUACCUCGGAGUAACCCUCACUUCAACAGCACCAACCAGCCCCCAGAAGUAUUUGCCCACGGCCUCCAUGAUCCAGGCAGAUGUGCCGUGGAUCGACAUCCUACUGAUAUAAACAUCAAUUUAACAAUACUUUGCUCAGAUUCCAACGGGAAAAACAGGUCAUCAGCCAGAAUCCUACAGAUAAUAAAGGGAAGAGAUUAUGAAAGUGAGCCAUCUCUUCUUGAAUUCAAGCCAUUCAGUAACGGCCCUUUGGUUGGUGGAUUUGUUUACAGAGGCUGUCAGUCUGAAAGAUUGUACGGAAGCUAUGUGUUCGGAGAUCGCAAUGGGAAUUUCUUAACCCUCCAGCAAAGCCCAGUGACCAAGCAAUGGCAAGAAAAGCCGCUCUGCCUGGGUGCCAGCAGCUCCUGUCGAGGCUACUUUUCGGGUCACAUCUUGGGAUUUGGAGAAGAUGAAUUAGGAGAGGUUUACAUUCUAUCAAGCAGUAAGAGUAUGACCCAGACUCACAAUGGAAAACUCUACAAGAUCGUAGACCCCAAAAGACCUUUAAUGCCUGAGGAAUGCAGAGUCACAGUUCAACCUGCCCAGCCACUGACCUCCGAUUGCUCCCGGCUCUGUCGAAACGGCUACUACACCCCCACUGGCAAGUGCUGCUGCAGUCCCGGCUGGGAGGGAGACUUCUGCAGAAUUGCCAAGUGUGAGCCAGCGUGCCGUCAUGGAGGUGUCUGUGUCAGACCGAACAAGUGCCUCUGUAAAAAGGGCUAUCUUGGUCCUCAAUGUGAACAAGUGGACAGGAACGUCCGCAGAGUGACCAGGGCAGGUAUCCUUGAUCAGAUCAUUGACAUGACGUCUUACUUGCUGGAUCUCACAAGUUACAUUGUAUAGUUUCUGGGACAGUUCGAGUCUAUCUUUCCAGUGGGCAUUUAUUUUGACCUUGUCAUCAUUAAAAAGAGAGACUGUCCUUCUGCUACACACCUCUGUGAUUUCAUUCUUCUUUUAGUAAUUUAAAAGCAAUUAUCAGAAAUGUACAGCUCUCAGCAUGUAUGUUGGCACAUUUCUUCACAUCUGCAUACACACGCACAACCCCAAACUCGAGGUUGUAUAACAGAAGGAUUUUUUUGUUGUGUUUUGUUUUGUUUUUAAUAUCUACUUGCUGGUAUGGAGUACUUUACACAGAAGUUCCACUGCAAAUUCGUCACAGAGUUUUUUAUGGCAUUGGAAGAUAUUCUUUUACAUUUCAGGAAAUUCUGUCUGUAAUUACUAAAGUUGACCUUAGUAGGGUUUUGAAAUGUUCUUGUGCAAUGUAGUGGAAGUAUUUUUAUAUUAAAGGUCUAUAAUAAGAGAGCAUGUUUCCAAACUCCUUGGUGAAUUUCUGAACAAGCAGCUUGAUGUAAGAUUGUAAUCUUCAUUUCUGUUGAUAUAUCUGAUUACAGAACGUUGUGCACUUAGCUUUUUAUUUGACAGAGCAAUCUGAUUACUUCAGCUUAGUCUCAAGAUGGUUUUCCAAUAUUUUAUGAUUAAAUCAGAACAACCUAUUUGAAAGAGCAGUCUUCAUGAAUGUGCUGCUUCUAUUGUAUAUUUUGUGUAACAAUAGGCUCUGGGUUUCUGUUACAUAUUUAUAUUUUUUAUUUUAUUUUUAUAAUAUAGACAUCACCUAGAUGAGACACCUUUACCCUGUCCUGUAAAAUACUAAAGUUACGUUUUCACCAACUUAAUUGGAAAGAAGGGGAGUAAGGAAGCAAACAGCCUUCAAUGUGCUGUGGAUCUAAUGUAGCAAUGUGUACUUGUGCCAACAUGUAGUCACUCCCAUCAGAUGAAAAAGCAAGAAAGCAGCCAGUUCUUAUAAAAUUCCAGCAUUUCAUGCAUGUAAAGUGCUUUCACCAUAGCAAGAAUAUCAGAGUCUGUGCGAUUAAAAGGCUACAGUGUGUGCUCUUAAUCCAUCCUCCCUGGAGAAGAGCUUGCUCCUUCACAGCCAACCCAGGCUGUAUAUAAGCUGGUCACAUGUAUGGAUUCUUAUGAUCUUCAUUCUUGGCAAAUCUGACUUCUAGUGCAUAUACUCCUUUAGGUCUCUGUGACAAUACCCUUUGGUUCUUGCCUCAAUAAAUUUUCUACAAGUGUUCUGUUCAGAUUUUCUUAAAGAAAUGAUGUGCCCUAGCUUUCAAUUGCAAGAGUCUGACAGACAUUUUUCUUGAUGGUUUUCCAUUUGCCAUCUCUCCAUGUUUGGAUUUAACAAAGAAUUUUUGUACUACUGACAUUGGACCAUGAUAAGUGCACACUCUCAACCAUAGCAUUCAUUCCUCUGGAAUCCAAGCUGUAGAAUCAUAAAAGUGUGCAGCACUGGCUGACAGUGCACGCACCUCUUCCUCCUCAGGAAUAUGGCUCAACAACAGUGGUCUCCCAGCUAGGAUCCCUCUAUGGUCUUAUAGUGAGAGAGUUGCAACUCAAGCACAUGGUGCAUUUCUAAGGAAUUCACACUGUAGAAUAUUUGUUGGGUCCACUGCUCCUGUCUUCCAUAUUUGAUUGCUUGGGUUCCAGUGACCUCAUAUGAAAUGGGCAUGGGUUGGGAAAUCUUGGUACGUAGGGAACAAUUGCCUGCAUUAAAAAGUGCUUGCAUAAUUUUGCACAAUUUAGAUUCAAUUGACAGUCUAUUCAGAGAAGUCUUGGGACUAAAUGAGCAUGGAGACCAAAUUGCCCUCUUACCCUAGAAAAGAGGUGGUCCCUUCUGGUCUUACCAACACUCCACUGGCCCAACACUGACAAAUCUUGCAAUGAGUCAUGCAGUAGCCUUCAUCUGUAGGUUAAUAGUCUUUUGUCUCUGUUACUUUCUCUUCAUAGUCUUUUAACCAAAUUCCAUUACAGAAAGUCUUACAAUUAAAAAUAAAUAAAAAAAAGGAAAAAUUACCCUGGCAACCAUUUUUGUGAGUGGGCCUUACUAUCAAAUCAUCCCUUAUUCAGUGUGGGUGACAUUGAUAGACUGUGAACUUCUCAUGAAACCAGCUGUCUAAAUUUGUCAAAUUGUACAGUUUUAUUGCAUGUACUCCCAUUCAUAGUUUGAGUAAAAACAAUAAGGAUGCCUCUAGAAAGUCAGCAAAAGUCUUAAAACCCAAGAGCUUCUUUUUAUAACUUUAAAAGAGAAGAUGCUCCAUUGGCAGACGCUCUUCUGCAAAUAACCUUGGCUAAGAUGACCAGAUCCAGAGCUGUUUUAUAUAGACCUUUCCCAAGUGAAAAGUGACUUCAAGAAGCACCCCGAAGUUAUUGCCUUUUCUAUAAGGAACUAUUAAAAUGAAAGAACAAAUUAUCUUUAAAGACUGUGACCCAUGGAUAUGUAACCCAAGCAAAGAAAAUCACUAGAAUCCUUUCUUUCCAUCCUUAGGAGAAAAGUAGAUAGCAAUAACUGGUAGAUGAUGGUGUGACUAUGUGACCAAUUCCAAAUUUCUCUUUGACCUUGAAGUUGAUUUUUAAUUGAUCAUAAACGGUUCAUGAAAGACAGAUGGGAAUUGUUUAAAAACCAUGAGAUGAGAAAAAUAAAUAUUUAAUGAUUUAAAAGUACAAAUCUACCCAUCUAACAAAGCUGAUGUGAAUGACAAAGGAGAAAUAAGCCAUGUUUAGUAUGCCUGCCCACUCUAGACUUUAGGCUUUGGGUACCAGCUGAGUAGAAACCACCUUCCUACCUGUGUUGGUGCAAAGUUCUGGCCUGUUUCAAAGCACAUAAAGCAAUGAUCCAAGAGCUAAAUUGGCAUCUCAUUAAGAUGUAAAAGAGCGAUAGUUAAGAAAUUCCAAUGAUAGCAAAGGUGAUUCAGGCCAUAUCUCUUCAUCUUAAAACACUAUUUAAGGUAUUGGAAAACACUUCCUAAGCUUCACUCAGAAGUUUCUACCAGUUAACUGAUCAAUUUCAUAAUGGAUGGGCAAAGAAAAUCUAUACAUGUUUAUAAAACCCACCAAGAAAAUUAUUUCUUUACCAUAUGUAUAGCUCUGAAUAGUCAUGACUUCCUUAGUUACUGUUUUUGGGAAUUGUUGUAGAAUAACAUACUGUUAUUUAGUAUCUUUGUUUCUGGCUUGUUUUAUUACCCGAACCACAAAGUAUACAGCAAAUCUACUCAGGGUGAGAAAUGAGGUCAGACACUGAACCUGAGGUCUUUCAAAGUACACGCUAAUUCAAGAUCUUAUGUGUUUCUCUGUUGUCUCUUGGCACGUGAAAGAAACCCAGUUUAAGUUUUUAAGGGGGAAGAAGUAUAUCAGCAAGGUUUGUGAAUGGUACAUCAGCUUAUUGUCUGAGCAUCUGUCUAGAAUAUUACCUAAGGCUCCACACCCUACCCUUCUCUGUACCACCACUCCUAUCUCUCUACCUGUCUCUCUUUGAACCUCUUCCUCUUCCACUCUCCUGUAUUUAUCUUGGUUUUCACUAAACAGACACGUCAUGUCUGCCAAUCAUGAAGCUGUCCUAGAGCAGAUGCCAGGACAUUUUGUUGUUGGGUUUUUUUGUUUGUUUUCUGUUCCAGAAUCACAUUGACUCAAAGUUAGUAUCACUAAGAAAAGUAGAGAAAUAGCUUUCCAGGCUGCACUCCUAGAGUAACUCUUAAAGAAAUGACAAAAAGUAUACACAUCUGCUAGCAUAGGUGCUUCAUUCUGGUCUUCCAGCAAAGUUACAGGAAAGAUUAGGACAGUUGCCCUAGUAGAGAGCUUGACCUGACAGGAAGGACGGCCCUAGCUAGUUCCUACCAAAGUGAUGACCAUCUCUAUGAUAUCUACUUUGAGGAAAACUAUUCUACAUCCAUUUGGAAGAAAAUUAGUCCCUUGGUAAUGGUGGCCUCAGACACAUUUUCUCUGUUAUGUGGUCUGUACUUUCAGAGAACACAACCAAAGUUCUAUGCCCAGAAAAUGAACACAUCUAUAUUCCCUGAGGAAUCAGGUGGCCUGUUUCUGGGAGGACUGACAAAUUCCCAUCAGAAAUCUCCUCUUUCCAUAACUGAAACAUGCAUUUGCUCUCUGACUCUCUGUCAUAUGUGCACAAACUAGCCACAUAUCUGAUUACUAAUAUGGCAUAGAACAAGUUAGGAAGCCUAGGAAGGGAAGGGUUUACAUGUGGAAAACGUUCUCAGAGCCUGUCAGAUACAGGUCUUAGCCAAGUUCUACCUGUCUUCCUCAUCUCCAUCUCUCUGAGUAACUUCUGGGAAUGAUCUUGAGGUUGCCUUGUAGGAGAGGCCAAAGGAUCUGUGUGAGCAUCAAGGGGCGUUAGCUGCUCAAUUCCCAAUCACCAUGAUGCUUUCUAGCAGCUUUGGAGAGAUUCGUUCAUUUAUGAAAUUGGCAUUUUUUAAAGUUAUAUUAAAUAUGAAGUGAAGAUCUGCCCAUCACUCACCUUGCUUUGCCAUAGAAUGUAUUAGGGCAUGUACCAGCCAGUUGGAAAGAUGCAAGCAAGUAAUAGAUUCCUUGCAUCAAUAAAAAGCCUUAUGCCUAAAAUUUCUCAUUUGUUUUUGUCAGUCAACAGCAAAAUUAAAAAGAAAAUCAACAUAGUAUCAAUUCAGUACUCAUCCUAAGGUAAUCACUCAUGUACACCACAAAGUAAGAUAUCAUUGUUUAUUUCAGUUUUUCCUUUUUGAAUGUUUAUUAUUUAUAGAUUCAAAAUAGAUAUACCCAUAUGCUGGCAAGUGAACAUCCCAUAUAUAUUAUCUGUUGGCUAUCAUUUUUUAAAUAAAAAGAACAUUUUAUUAUCUAAUAUAUGUAUAUAUAUCAUCUAUUAUAUAUACAUAUAAUAUAUACAUAUGUGUGCAUGUAUACAUGUUUAUAUGUAUAUAUGUGUGUAUGUAUAUAAUAUAUAAUAUAUACAUACAUACAUUAAGGAAAAUGAAAUAGGUUGUGAUGGAAAAUUGAUAGUGGCCAAAUAUAAGCUUUUUCUUUACAGUUAGAAGUUCAGUCUUGAACAUUUCUUUCUGUACUGAAAAAUAACUAGUCAGUAGUUUCCAUUCAUAUGAAUAAGGUAUGAUUAGGCUUGGUAUGGUCUGCGCCAGAACAAACAUCGGAUAUUUUUUUACUCCAUAAUCUUAAAAUCUGAGGCAUGACUUUCCUGGAAUGAACUAAGAAUCCAUGCUUAUAAGGUUCACUUCAUAAUAUUAUUUUUGAUAAACUAAACUGACAGCUUUAUGAGAGAUCAUAUAUCCCCCAUAUCUUGUUCUAGUCAGAGGAUGUGUGUGAACAUGAGUGGCACUAAGAACCAUGAAGUACUAAGGUGGGUAAUACUGAAGUAAUGUGGAAUUUUAGAAACUGGAUGCCCUAAGACAUGCUACAACAGACUACUAUUCGAAAUGAAUCUAUCAAAUUGCAACGAAUAUUUUAUAGAAUUAUGACCAUGAGCAUGAAAGACUUCUAGUAGGAAAAUCUUGUGUCUUCCUUGGAUUUAACUGUGAUUGGUUUGUUGGUGAUUGGUGUUGAGGAGUUUUGUGUUCUGCUCUUCUCAGACAUUUCAGUGUUCCACAUUGUCCAUUUCCUUCAAGCUGUUGAAAUUUAAAGCAGUCUGUUUAUAAUCUUACAAGAUUAUGAGAAUCUUAUAAGAUUCAGAAACAAUCCAUCCUCAGGUUUCUGUUAAUACACUAAUAAGAGGCAGAAGGAAGAGCCCAGAUGCACGUUUAAAGGAUCAGAAUUAGCAUAGGAACUGUUACAAUUUCUAGACUGUCUCCAGAAAUUAAUAUGCAUAGGUACUGGCUCACAGGACCUUCUUGAGUUUGCACUAAUCUGGCUCACUAAAUCAGUUUGUAAAGACAUGCAGUUUUCCUUGAUUGGUCCUCUACUAUUCAGCCCCCCAUGUAUUCAUUAACGCAAUAUAAAUGCUGAAGUGCCUCGCAUGACUUCACGCUGUAGAGAGGGGAAGGCACCUGCAAGGGCAGCACCGGAAGCUCACUGGGAUGAUUGACACGUUGGAGGCAAAAGAGCACAUGCAACCGGCUCCAGCUUGGCUCAGCUUUAGACUCCAGGAGUUUACAAGUAGUACAGAUGGCCUCAAGUACAUCUGUGUGUAUUUGUACAUGUGCACACACCCAUGUAUAUAUAUUUAUCUAUCUGUACAAACACUACAUAUGUAUACACACUAUCUAUGUAAUAUAUAAUAUAUGUAUAAUGCAUAUAAAUUCUAACAAGUGUAUUUGUGUUAUCUUUAAAAUAGAACAAUUGUAUCUUGAAAUGGUAAAUGCAGAGACUUGGCUUUAUUGUUGAUCUGUGGAUUUAAUGAAUUUUUAGGUGAAAGGAUGUUUUAAGUGUAUAAUUUCUUUUCUUAAUUUAAUAUAUUUAUGUAAAUGCAUGCCUGAAAUUUGAUUAGAUUGGCUGUUCUUUUGUGUCUUAACAUGAUCAAAUGUAUUAAACUUUAUCUUAUGACUUCA